AACAGCUGUUUUCAAUCUAUUACAGUAUGAUAAUUAUUUUCUUUCCUUUGUUCACCUUUAAAUCACAUAAUUUUCCUGAUUCACAUUUUAAUUAUAUUUUUCUUCUACAUAAUUUGCUUGUAUAUUGUUGGAAUGUACGUUAUGUUUCAUUUGUAUUUACAAACAGGUCACAAUUUUUCGAGCAAGUUUUCUUAUUAAUGUCUUGAGCAAUGUAGUUGUGAACACUUUAACGCUUGAAUCAUAAUCUUUUCUUUAAUUAAUGGCAAUAUUGUAGUAUUUUGCCCACUCUUAAAUUUAUAACAAAAAUAAAUGUGCACAGACGAUUUUACCAUGUAACAGGUGGUGCCAUCCUCUCCAUUUUAUUCAUUAAAUUGGUACAUUAGACUGUUUAUAAAUGGUAAUACUUACCAGUGCAUUUACCUCACAUAUUUAUUUGAUUUUCAAAGUGUCAGAAUGUUUUUAUUUUCUUUUCCAGAUAUGCAGUGCAUGCUUGAAGUGUAAAAGCUGUGACAGUAGUAGAGUCAGUAAAUUUGUGGGCAGUCUCCCUUUCUGCGGGCCUUGCUUCAAACUGCGUCAGAAGGGAAACUAUUGCCCGCUCUGUCAAGCAUGCUACAGAGAUAAUGAUUUUGAUAGCAAGGUAAUUUAAAAUAACGAAAAAAUGCAAAUAUUCAAUUUAAAAAAAUGGAAAAUUGCUCAGGUUUUAAGACUACCUAACUUAUAUUAAAAAAACGAAUAUAUAUAUUUUUUAAAUUUAUCUUGAAAUAAAAUGUUCUGCACUACUGCUUCUGUGAUCCUCUUGUUUCUAAUGUUAUAAUGAAUGGAGUAUUGGUGUUACAAAAAGCCGGAUCAAUUUCAAUGUACCUAUACUGUAGCAUAAUUAAUUUCAUAAUAGGUUCCAAGCACAUGAGACUUUUAAAAUUUGUUAACAUAGUAUUUCACCUUUAGUGUUAGAGAAUAUCCCAUGCAUUGCGCAAAUGAAGUAGUUAAAGCACUCAUCUUUAAAUAAUUACUUUUUUCAAUUCUAGAUGAUGGAGUGUGGUUGGUGUGGACGAUGGGUGCAUGCCAGUUGUGAGGGUUUGUCUGGAGAAGGUUAUCAACUACUAUCGGCUCUUCCCCCCUCUAUUGAAUACAUCUGCUGCAAGUGCAUGCCUCUCGAUCCGCCAUGGAGGAAAAUGCUUACAGAGCAUCUAAAAGGACGAUUGCUACAUCUACUGAAGCUACUUGCGAAGAACAAGAAGGCGUGUGCAUUAUUAAAACUAACGCCACACAAAAAUACUCCCGUACCUAACAAACUAUUUAGGAUAACAUCUCCGCAAGCAAUAAGAAAGUUGCAUUUCGACAGCGCCGAAGAUGCUAUGAAAAAUACGACGGAAACUAAAGUGUAUAGAAAUACAGCGAGAGGGCGACGUAAUAACUUUGGUCAGACGAAAUUUGAUGAUCCCAAUUCAUUACAGACCAUUUGGCAAUGUUCAUCGUUGCUCACUGGUUUUGAAAUGAAUAAAGAAGAAAUACCACAUCCAUCUCACAAAGUUGUAAACCUACAAGAACCUCUAAUGCAAAAUAAAGAGAUAUGCUUUUCUACUGGUCUUUAUGAUACUAAAGCAGAAUUUGAUGCACCUUGUAUUGAAGUACAUGAAAAUAAUCCACCACAGAAUAAACUGGAAAAAGCAACUACCAUGUUGCCAACCACAGUUCAUGAUGACAAAUAUGAGGCUAUCUCAGACGACGAUGAACCAAUGAAAUUUCAUCAAGCUCGCAGUGAACAGGACCUGAGUCCAGGCAUUGCUAGACAAUCAACUUCUGGUGUUGGUGAUAUAUCUGAUGUGAGUAGAAUAGUAUCCCCUUCACUACUGGACAUAAAGAAAAGAGUAAAUAGUGAUGAAUAUGUUUCACUAAAAGAUUUCAACCAUGAUAUGAAAUCAGUAAUUGAUAGAACAUCAAGUGGGGAUUUAAAAAUGAUAUACAAAGAUUUGUUCUCAGAGACAUUUCCAUGGUUUGACUGUGAAAGUAAUUGUCUUCAGCCUAAUUUGGAAGUUGAUGGAGAACAAGACGAAUCAGAAUCUUUGAGAGACCAUGAUAUGUCUGACAGCAAGAGUGUGAAAGAUACUGUAUUAUCAAUUGAGAGACCACUAGAUCAAAUAGUACCAAAAUUAGAACCUGAUGGGCAAAAGUUAGAGGAAGAACUGUUAGAGCUUUAUCCUAUUUUGGAUUCAAGAAUUUGCAUUCUAUGUAAAGGUGUUGGAGAUGGUUCUCCCGUUAUGGAGGGUCGACUUUUGUACUGUGGUCAAAAUGAUUGGAUUCACGCAAACUGCGCUUUAUGGUCAGCUGAAGUGUUUGAAGAAAUUGAUGGUUCUUUGCAAAAUGUACAUUCUGCUAUAUCCAGAGGAAAAAUGAUCAAAUGUGCAGCUUGUGAAAUGAAAGGAGCAAGUGUGGGGUGUUGUGCGAAAAAUUGUAGUGAAACUUAUCAUUAUGCUUGUGCUCGAAAAGAAAAAUGUGCGUUCUUGGAUGAUAAGAGGGUCUUCUGUCCUACACAUGGAAAAGAUGUACCAACUAAAAAUUUGCAAAAAGACACUGAUUUUGAACUCACCAGACCUGUCUAUGUUGAAUUAGAUAAGAAAAAGAAGAGAUACAGUGAAAUAAGUAAAGUGCAGUUUAUUCUUGGAUCCUUGAUUGUGAAUAGUCUUGGAAAGAUAGUGCCAUCAGUGUCUGAUUAUGAAGAAUUUUUGAUGCCUGUUGAUUUUUCAUGUACACGACUUUUCUGGUCUUGCAAAAAGCCUUCAAAAAUAGUAAGAUACACUAUUAAAACAAAGUUAAUAUUAGCUGAGCCAUUGCCUGGAUUUGAUUUUGGUGUGAAUAUUACAGUGGACCAUUCGAAGGAUAUACAAAUUGUAGACAGAGUUAUGGCUGAAAUUGGAGCUUGGCAUGAAAGUAUAGAAACAGCCUCAACCAAAACUGUUAUGAUGCUUAAAAGUGACAAAUCACCUAUAAAGUUUGGAAACAAUAUGACAUUAGAAGACCUUGCUGUAAAACAAGUUGUUGAAUAUCUUCUCGAAAAUGUUUGUAGACAAGAACAGCAAGAUGAUGAAGAGCCCCAGAAUACAGCAGACCUUUUCCCACCAGAAGUGAAAGAUGCAAUAUUUGAAGAUUUAAACCAUGACUUACUAGAUGGCAUAUCUAUGCAAGAUAUAUUUCAAGAUUUGAAAAAUGAGUUCUAUUGUGCUAUGAGUCAAACUGAUGACAGAAGUAAUGACAAAUCUGAUUUCAUUGACGAACUACUAAAUGCGAGAUUAGAGUCUGGCAACAAAGAGUUGAAGAGAAAUAAAUCUGAAAUGCUCUUACAAAACCAUAGCCUCAAAACAUUGACUACAGGUCGAGGACAACAAAGGUCUAGUAGUCUUACUUGGAAUAACAAGUUUGAUACAAGUUUAAUAUCUUCUACUAUAAAACGAUGUAAAAUAGGAAAGUCAUCAACUAUAACAGGUAAACUUAGCCCAGUUCAACGGCCCAGCUUGAUAGAGAACUCACUGGAUGCAAUAAAAGAGCCAGAACCAGGUAGUAUUGAAAAGAAGCUAAAACCUGAGACUGUUACUAGUAAUACUUUAUGUGAAGAGGCACCUCAUACAUCAGGAUUAAACUACCGUACCACAUCACCUAAAGAAAAAGAAGAGACUGUAACUGAAAAGACAAACAAAACUGAAGGAUAUUACACUGAUGUUAUUGAUUUUUACACUAAAAUACAAUGCAGCCCGAUAUCCCAAUUAGACGGGGCGGCAGAUUGGUCAGGUUCAGAAAGUACAUGUAGUUCUAGACCAAACAGUCCUAGAGAAAAUGAAGAUUUCACUCCAAUAUCUCAACUUGAUGGUGCUGAUGAAAACUAUUCUGGUAUCGAUAAUAGCUCUCGGGGUCAACCCAACCAAUUUUUAUAUAGAGCUAGUGGAUCAGAGAGUACAUAUACAGUGACUAUUGCUGGUAAUUCGAUAAAUGGUCAGCCAGAGUUAGUGAUGAGACCUUUAGAAGGUUCAAAUAUACCUGGCCAAAUAGAACAACCUGUCAGAUGUGAUAGAUGCCAAUGUACUUACAGAAAUAAAGAAUCAUACGACAGGCAUAUUCCAACAUGUGACAUGAUGUCUACCAGUGAAAGUGAGAGUGAAAACCCAAAAUCUCCAGAGAACAGGACCUUGACAACAUUACAAAAUGCUUUCCAAGGAGCAUUUGCACAGCCUAUGAUUAUACAUGCUGGGGUUGUUAGUGGAAGUGAAAACACAGUUAAGGCCGAAAGUAUAUCCGCCCGAAGAACCUCAAUCAAUACGAGACAGAUCACAAUAAAUGGAACGAUAGUAGAGACGCCAUCUCCUGGUCCAACAAACGAAAUGACAAUGACUAUCACAGAACAAAUGAAAUCAGGCACUGUAAUCUUUGAUCAAGCUAAAACUACUAAUGUUCAAGUCUCGGCGAGUCAACAAAUGCUAUCUUCACCACAAAUAGUAGUUACUCCGCAAAUGAUACUACCACCCAAAAGUAGUUCUGCUGGAGGACAGAAAAUAAUAACACCACAAAUUAUAACACAACCUGGAUUACUCCCAUAUAACAUUUGUGUGAAGCCUGGAAACGGCGGUAAUAAUAUACAGCAGAUUCAAGGAAAUGCAGAAAUGGCUCAGUUGCUUUCAGGACCGGGAGGUAUACAAGUCAUAUCUUCAAAUUCUAAUCAGGUUUUGGCAAUCCCGUCGAAUCAAGGCAACAUGUCAAUGAUACAAGGUAAAAACCAAGUGACAAAUUUUCCCAAUAUGGCUAGUGCGUCAUCGAUUGCUUUACCCGUAAACUCUAUGCCGAAUACUUCAAUUAUACAAAAUAUUCAACCGAUGAUACGACCACAAAUCCAAGGGAAUCCUACAAUCGUCGUACCUGCAAUGACAACGCAGCGACUGACAUCACCUAAUACCCAAAACAAACCACAAAUAUUGAUGCCAAGUACACCACAAAAAUCACCGAAAAAACAACCGGCUCCUGUUCAGCCUAAACCAAUAUUCCAACCAGCAAAUAGGGGUCGCACUCGUCCCAUUCCGAAACCGGCGAUAAAAAGACAAACGAAAUUAGAAAAAACAUUUACAACAAUUAACCAACCAUUAGGUCCUGGAAAUACUGUUAUACAACUGCAAACCAACAAUCAAACGGGUCAACCGUCUAUAAUUGUACAACCGGUAGCAAAUCAGAAUAUUAUGUCUGCUUAUGUUGAAGCACUGUCUCAACAGCAGAAUCAAAAUAUGCAGUACAUAGCAACAAUCGCACCUCAAGGCGAUUUUAAAGGCCCCACUCAAUUCAUAUCACAAAGUGGUCUUAUGCCUCAAACAUUUCAAAUUCAGCAAACUGAAACUGGAGGAUUAGUGGCUGUACCGAGUGGAGGUAUACCAGUAUUGCUACCGCAAGGCAAUGUCGGGAUUCUACCCCAGACUAUUCAACAAGGGGCUACGAUUUUACCACAAGGCACAAUACAACAAGGAAUAAUUUCACAAGGUCCUAAUGGACCUACUAUAUUGCCGCAAGCGAUACACACCCAAAACGGCGCUACUAUUAUACCCCAAGGAACCAUACAAGGGCUAGGGCCGGGAAAUAUAACAUCUCAAACUGCGACCCUUUUGCCCAAUAAUACACUACAAAAUGCCGGAGCGACUGUAAUACCACAGAGUGGAAUCGGCAAUGGACAAACAACUAUAAUCCCUAAUGCUUUGCAAUCACAAGGAAAUACACUAAUAUCGCCUGCUCCAGGCACCACUAUAUUACCACAAGGGACAUUGCUGCCUCAAUUCUGUAAUGACCAAGUAUUACUUGGCUCUACACCUACUUUGGAAAUGGUCACUGACCCAUCUGGAUGUAUGUAUUUAACAACUACACAGCCUGUUUACUAUGGCUUAGAAACAAUAGUACAAAAUACAGUGAUGUCUUCUCAACAAUUUGUAUCGACUGCAAUGCAAGGUGUACUGGCACAAAACAGCAGUUUUUCAGCAACUACUACUCAAGUCUUCCAAGCCAGUAAGAUAGAACCAAUAGUGGAGGUGCCCACAGGUUAUGUCGUUGUUAACAAUGUUGGAGAUAGCGUAACGCAAGUAGCUUCUUCUACACCUAAUGUAGUUCCUGCACAGUCUGUACAAUCGUCACCACCAACAAUAAAGAACACAAAAACUUCUAUACCGAACUUAACGUUGCAGCCUCUACCUGACAAAUCAUCUAAUAAUAACAGACAGACCCCCAAAGUUGUACAGAUGAGCCAAUCACCUAUAGCUGUUUGUUCACAACCUACUCCUGGAAAUCUUAUGACUGGACGUCAGACAAUAAACCCAGUGACAUCUCAAAUACAUAAUAUGACGAUAUCAAGCACGUCACAGAAUUUGCAACGAACUACAAUCUCGAAACCGAACAACGUUUCAAUGUCACCAAACGUGACCCUAGUUUCAUCAACUGGUCAGCCUGUUAUGGCCAUUUCUCAGUCAAUUCCAAAUUCAAUGCCACCUUUCUCCAUGCAAUCUAUACCAUUAUCUCAACCGAUUGUAUCCAGUUCAAUUGCAUCAUCUUUGAAUAAAAAUAAUAUUAAAAUUGAAAAUUCACAUGUGAUUGAAAUAAGUGGAAAUUUACAUGAAAACUCUAGCUCUUCCAAUAUGCCGACUAUUAGUGUAACUCAAAGCAUCAAAUCGCCAACACCAUGGAGGCAGAACACACCAAUCCCUACAGGCAAUAUUGAAAAUAAAUUGGAAAUACAAAAUAUGACAGUGAAAACUAGUAACUUAAAUAGUUCUUCGAUGAGCAUUCAAAACAACAUGGGGCCUGUACGUCCUCAUUCACAAAAUGAUGUUGAAAAACUUAAUCAGAGCUGUUUAAUGACAAUGCCAAAUAAUAGCAAUAAUAUAAAUUUGCAUUCUCAUCAAUUCGAUACAAGUACGAAUGUAAGCCAUCAUUCCUCAGUACAUUCUACUACUAACAAUGUUAUCCAAAUAACAGCUGGAAACAUUUAUCCACCUUCAUCAAUUAUGAAUAGUAAUUUUGAUGUUGAUACUACAUUAAAAUUAAGUAAAAUAAAUGCCCUUUCAAAGACUGAAGGUGGACAUUUAAAUUUUUCCCAAGAAAUAAUGGCUUCACAUACACAACAGAAUGCUCAAAAUGAUAAAGCAUUCCAAAAUAUGGGCACCAGUGAGAAUAAACAUAAUGUGGACAACAUGCAGAGUCAAAUGAGCAUACAUAAAUUGAACAGUUGUCAAGUAGCUGGAAACUUAAGCAACCCCGCCAUCAGUAUUAUACCACACAAUGUAAUGCGGCAGCCAAUACAGAGUAACCAGAACUCUAUGUCAAUUCAACAACAUUCAAACAACAAUCAAAGUCAAAUCUGUUCACUUUCAAACAACUCCACCCACAACCAAAUGCAAUUAAUGAACUCUAGCAAUAAUUCAAUUCAAAAUGUAAACUUGUCUUGUCAAGAAGCUUCAAAUGCACGAGCUAAUAUUACAGUUUCCAGUGAAAAUAGUUUGCAACAAAACAACCAACAUGAUUUAUCUAAUUCGUCUAUGAGCAACUCCAGUUUACCUCAUGGAAACAUGCAAAUUAUACAACAUGAUAAUCAACAUCAAGGCCCUAAUCCUAUUCAUAUCAUGGGUGGUCAAAUUCAACACAGUCGACAGGUAGAAAAUAAUAACCAACAUCAACAACUGACUCAAGGCCCUGCAAAUAGAUCCUUCCAUGAAAUGAUGAGUGGGCAACAAUCCCAUAACCAAAGUAAUUUGAUGUCAAAUAGAAGCACCCCUGAUAAUAAUAAUCUAAUGAAUCAAUCCAUAAAUAUGCACGGUAUUGGAAAUAAUCAUAAUAUAAAUAGAAAUGAUCUGAAUGAUUUAAAUCACAUGCAUAUGCAACAAUCAAUGCCUAAUAUAAAUAAUAUGCAGAAUAAUCGUAUGAUCAUGGAUAACAUGUCUGCUCAUAACGUGAAUAAUAUGGGUCAUCAAAUGCAUACUAAUAGAACUGUAGAAAAUAUGCACAACACUCAACUCCACAAUUUACAACAGAUCAAUCAUCAUAUGAAUAGUAAUAACCGGCAACAAAUAGAUAUGCAUGUAAACCAGCAAAUGAAUAUGCAGCAAAGUAGACAACUAGAAAACGUAGGUCACCAUCAUCAGCAUCAGAUGUCUAAUGUAAUGCAGAUGCAAAAUAAUAGAUCGCAUAUGGACAACAAUAUGAUAGGCAUACAUCAGCAUGUUUCUAACCAAAUGCAUAACAGACAACAGAUGGAAAAUAAUAUACACAUGCAUCAUAUGUCUGGAAAUAAUAUGAAUUUGGGCAGCCAGAUGGAUAACACCAAUACAAUGACAAAUAUGCAUGGCAACAGACAUGAAUCUACCACAGUGACUAUGCAAAACUUGAAUGCAAUGAAUCAAAUUCAAAACAGCAGGAAUUCGAUUGAACAUUCAUCUAUGAUGCAACAUCAAAUGAAUAAUAUGAACUCUAUUACCAAUAUGAACAUGCAUAGUAAUAUGAAUAGCGCUAUGCAAAUGAAUAGCACAAAUCAUCAAUCAAUGAAUAAUUCUCUGAUGCAUGUACCAAAUAUACCUGACAUAAAGAAUGAAAUACAAAAUUCAUGCAGUGGCAGCUGUUCUAAUAACACUUCUCAGUUUUCUAAUAAUCAAAAUUCAUUUGAGAUGCAGUGUACUAAUUUAAAUGCAAGUAACAAUAUGAACAUGGGUUCGAGUAAUAUGAUGCAUAAUAUGAACAUGAAUAGCUCAAACAUGUCAAAUAGUAUGUUGAUGAAUACUGUAAACAGCAAUUCCAUGUAUGGUUCAGCUGCUCAAAACAAUAUAACUGGUCAUGACAUGCUAAUGAGCUGUAACAACGCAUCUGAUCAUAGUGUUAACAAUAUUAUGCCAAAUAACAGUAAUCACAUGAUGAUGAAUACUUCGCAGACGCACACUAAUAACAAUCAAAGUCAAAUGCUUAACACACAAGUCCCUACUAACUCACAAAUUAAUAUUAGUAGUUGUAAUAUGGCGACAAAUAACUCAUCUCAAACUCAAAUGAGUAAUUUAGAUUCUCAAAUCAAUAGGAACAUUAUAAACGAACCUAAAUUUUCCCAGGAAUCAAUUAGAGGAAAGAAUGUAGUGGGGCCACUGCCAAGCAGUAAUAUUUCUUUGUCCAGUAUUCCAAAUAAUGAUUCUGCUAAAGUAAAUAUUGUUGGCAAUGAAAAACAAAAUCAUAUCUCUGUCAGUGACCAAAUAGGAUAUAUGCAAAUGAAUACACAAAAUAACAGAAUUAUCAAUCUUCCUGAAAGAAAUCGACAAAACAACUCUAAUAUAGAAAAUAAUAUAAAUCAACAUGGAUCUCAACAACAUAAUAUUCGUGUAGUUACGAAUAACAACAAUAGCAAUGUCAAUGGAAUAUCUACAGAGCCUUUGACUUUCCAACAAAAGAGCGAAAACACUAGCACCAUGAUAAAUGUGCCAUUCCAAGCAAUACCAAAUAGUGCUCCAAUGAAUAUAAACGUUAAUUCCAGUAAUAACACUGUAAAUAUAACUGUCCAGAACAAUCUUGUUGAUCCUAAAAUAGCUUCUAAAGCUGCGGCAGAUAUUAAUUUUCCAAUUCAAGCUAGUACUAAUAUGAUACAAAACCAAAACAACAAUUCAGGAAAUAUGAUUUGCAUACCCGUUCAAAAUAAUACUAUCAAUUUACCAAUACAAAAUAGUACUAGUAUUACUUUGCCAAAAGCUCCACCUACUCAACAAUCGGGUAUCCCAACAAAUGUUGUUAAUCCUAUGUCUAUGAGGCCAAUGAACAGAGUAUUGCCUUUACAUAGAGAUGGUCAAAAAGCGAAAAGUUCAAAUAAAAUACCGGCGGCGGUAAAACAACGACCAGUAAGUCAUGAUAUGCCCGAUUUAAACGUCAAAGACGAAACUAUUGACAGCGACUUAGAAAAAGCUAUAGAAGAAUCGAAACGUAUGAUGGAAUUGGAACAAGCUAAAAGAAAGAAAGAAGAACAAGUUGUUUCAAGAGCAAUACAGUUGUCAACAGAAAUGGACCAAGCUAAUACUAGUUCAGUUACCAAUGAAAGUGACAACACACAGAUUGGCAUUCCUGCAGAAUCAAGUACUAAAGUAAACUCUUUACCAAGCUUAGAUGCGGAAAUGGCUGAUUUAUCGCCAAAACCGUUGACCGAAAAAGAUACAAAUAGAAAUUCAGUGCCAGCCAGAAUAUCAAAUAUUCCAAGUAAAGUUAUGAAGAGACCUUUUAACGACAAAAAGACAGAAUCUGAACCAAUUUUGACCAAGAAGCAAAGUAAAAUAUCUAGAGGUCAAGAAAAUAAAUCAACGCCACCAAAACAAAUACCCGACCCUUCUAAAGAUGACGGACCAAAAUUAAUUUAUGAAGUUACAUCUGAGGAUGGGUUCAAUUAUUCAUCAUCGUCUUUGACUGAUCUCUGGGUUAAAGUUGUGGAAACAGUGCAAAAUGCUAGAAAACAAAAUGGUCUACCAUUAAUCAAUUACAAUUUACCAUCUAGUCUAUCUGGGGCACAUUUGCUUGGACUCAAUAAUAACGCGCUACGAUACCUUAUUGAACAACUACCAGGGGCUAGUCGCUGUACCAAAUAUAAGAUUCGUCAAGGUCGACAGCUCAACAGUUGGGACAAUGAUCUCGAUUUGAGUGAAGGCUUCAAGGAAAGUCCAUGGGGUAGCGCUCGUACUGGACCUAUUGCGAGAAAACAAAAUCAUGAUAUGUUUAGCUGGAUGGCGUCACCAUUCCGGGAAGAACCCCCGCCAUUUGGAGGCCAAGAGGGAGAGAGUUCCAUUUCCAGGCGAUUAGCUACACUCCCACCGGCAAUGAGGUUUAGGCAAUUGAAAGAAACGUCCAAGGUCUCAGUUGGUGUCUAUAGAUCACAUAUACAUGGACGUGGAUUAUUCUGCAAACGAGACAUCGAAGAAGGCGACAUGGUUAUUGAAUAUGCGGGUGAAGUGAUACGCGCUGUGCUUGCCGACCAACGUGAGAAGCGGUACGAAGCAAUGAGCGGGCGACGUGGCGUUGGCGGAUGUUACAUGUUCCGUAUCGACGACAACUUAGUGGUGGAUGCUACGCUCAAAGGCAACGCGGCGAGAUUCAUCAAUCAUUCCUGUGACCCCAAUUGCUACUCACGCGUUGUGGAUAUUCACGGCCACAAACACAUCCUGAUUUUCGCCCUUCGGCGUAUCACCGUCGGCGAGGAACUUACCUACGACUACAAGUUUCCAUUUGAAGAGAUAAAAAUACCGUGCACGUGCGGUGCUAAGAAAUGCCGCAAGUACCUUAAUUGAAGCACACGUGAGUGAUUUCGGUGUCAAUUAUAAUUGUUUACCAGUAGAACGAAGGACUAAUACUGAAUGUCAACAUUGCUGAAGAGUUUUGGAGCAUCAUAAGUCAAAACUAUUACUUUAGCGUUUAUCUAAACGACGCUAAAGUUUUCGUGCGACUUUCGUUCGUGUAGACAUUAAUUGUAAAUGUGAACUCUAUAUAACAAAUAUCAUGAUCACCAAUUAAAAUAUAAGCGAGAACGUGGUGCCUGUGCACUGACCACGUUGAGUUUGCACAACAAGUUCGAGUCGCAUAAACGUGUCCUUAUACUAUAGCAUAAUUUUAGAAAUACAUACAUUGAUUAGUCGUUUAUUUAUAGCAAAUCGAACAGAUUUUAAUAAGUGUUCUAUUUCCACUGUACCGUGUUGAUUGUCCUAUUGUAUAACUCUGGAGCUAAACAUCUCUGUUUAGGUUACUCAACCUAUCAAUAUUUUCACACCAGAUCCCUUGCGGGAAUCCACGAUAAUAUCAUGAGACAAUCUACUAGGACUAGUGGAAUAGAAGUUGAACAGGUUAGAAAAGUUAGAUAUUGAUGGAUCUCCUAUUAAUUCUAUUAAUUUGGAAUUGGGAAAUGUUUGUAUUAAAUGGAAAUACUGGGUCGACGACAAUUUUAGGUGUACAUAUUUGUGUAUUUAAGACAAAAAGUCAAAUUCACAUAUCGCAUUAUACCCACCUUGCAUCUUGUUUUAUUACCUCUGCUGUGAAUUGGGCAAAUGAAGUUUGAAUCUUGUUAUGAUCUCUUUCUCGAAUCUACCCAGUGUUUGUUUACAUUGAAGGAGUGUAUAGUUUGAACUUAAUUUACAUUAAAUUUUGUUUUGUGAUAAGUUUACAAUUUUUUAACUAAUAGACGAUAGACGGUUCGCGAACGGCUUAAGUGUUAACUGCACUUGAUUAUCAUGUGAUAUGUAUUAGCCCCGGAUUUGGGUAUGAGAUGGUUAGUGCAUAGUUAAUGUAUAUUUGUUCCUCGUUUCGUUCUUAUUUCUCUUUACUUGUGAUCAUCUAAGUCUCGACUAACAUAGCUUUAUAAAUGUACAUAAUAUUUAAGCAUAAACUGUAGAAUUCAUAAAAAUGAAAUUAGUACAUUCAGAAAGGGUAGCAAAGUUACAAGUACAAUGUUACUUUUUAGUAAUUUUAACGAGUAUUGUAUAGUAAAUUGUAAAUAAGAGAAAUUAUCUGUCAUAAUAAUGAGGUUAAGCGACAAUUCGUUUUAUUGUAGUCAUAAUGUUAGGUUGUAUUUUAUAGAUCAUUAUUACAUUAUGGUGUAAAUAAUAAGAUAUUCUUACGAGUGGCAGGGAGUUAAAAAGAUUGUUGUUGUUUGAAGCCAGGGGACGCAGCGUGUUACCGUCGACUGCUCCCAAUGAAUGCACGGUUGAAAAAGAAAUGCACAUUUGUUAGCUUUAAUAUAAUAACAGCACAGCCUUAAAAUCAAAUAAAAGAUUAUGUUUGAUAUGCAAAAAUAGUUAAUUGAUUGGCAAAUUGAUUUACCUAUAUUUUUAGCAUUUCGUUCUAAGCAUUUAGAGACUGAAUCCUGUAGACAUACAUCACAAUUAUAGUCAUCGUAGAAAUCAGUUGAUAUUUUUCGCUAGUGGAAAAUUGUGCUUUAAAUAAUUCACAAUCAUAGUUAAUUAUAACUAUAUAAUAUAUAGAUGCAGAGACAAUAGAAAAAUCUAGACAAGGAGUCUGAUGUCAUAGGAUAAAAUAUGCUUAGUUUGUUACUGCAUCUAACAAGCAGUAUUAAGUAUAACUAAUAUUUGCCCCGAAGUAUUUUAUAAAUAAACAAUAGAGCAGAUUGAAGCAGGGCGGAAUGUCUGAUUAUAGAAUAGGAAUUUUCAAAAUUUGUAUGUGAAAUUCUUCACCAAUAUGUGACUUGUUUUAAUGUCAAUAAUAUAGUUUUGUAUUUUCAAAGUUCUUUUUACCAAUGAAUUUACUAGCUUGAAUGUCACUGAUUCUUUUUUGUUUGUAUAAUAUUAACCAAUAAGAUUGGUAAGUCCAGUGUAUAAGAAAGCCCUCUCGUUUUAUAAUUUAGGACUAUUUAUGCGGCUAUUACAAGAAUGUUUCGAAAAUUUAGGUACAUCAAAUGCAUCAUUAUGCUUGCUGGAUGCUCGUUUUAGUACAAUAUCUAAUAUGAAACUAGUCUCAACAUUCUCACUAUGUAAAUUUGGAAUUACUAUGAUGUGUACCUAUACAGUGUUAUAAAUGUAGAUUUAUAUUACUUUGAUAAUUGAUUGCGAUCGUUGAUCAUUUACAUUUUGAUAUACGAAAAUGUGAAUGUUAUAAUUUACAUCGAGUUGCGAUAAUAAAAUACAAAGUACAGAUUAAUUUCAUCAUGAUAAAUAACAUAUAUUUUUAUUAAAAUUAGUUAUAAAUACAUACUUAAUUGAUUUUUUACUGCUCAUUUUUUAUUAUAUUUAAAAUUUAGUUAUCGAUAACUUCAGUAAAUUAUAAUGAAAUCAUUCUAAUAAAAUAUUUGACGACAUUGUGACGUUGGAAUAAUGUGCUAUAUUAUACGAGUGUGCAUCCUGUUGUCAUUUGUACAUCAUAAAUAAAAGACCAAAAUCACCAAGUGAUGAAUAAAUUGAGUUAAUUAAGUGUAAACAUCUGCUCUUGAUAUUAUUUUCUAUUUUUAAAUGCUUUUGUUUUAAUGUACACAAUGCCAUUUUGCUUAAUGUUAUUAUAAAUUAUAUUUAAAUUGCUUUAAAAGCACCCAAUUUUACAAUGCAUAGUUGUUCUAUUGACCUGUCUUUACAUUUUAUUACUUUAUUUAUUUCUAAUUAUUUUGUAUUGUGGUAAAUUUUACCAAAAAUAAAACUACUAAAAUGUGCUUUAGACAUUGUUUCAUU